UCAAGAGGCCAUCAAAACUACAGAAAUUCCCUCGUUGAUUAUGCAUGCAUAUUGUAGUUAGUUGCUUUAAGUAUUUCCUGUAGAUUGUCUUUGUAAUAUGAUAUAAAUUGUCUGAUUUAAAUUUGGGUAUGCUAGAUCCGCUUCAGCAAACAAGUAAAUAAUUCGACACCAUAAAUAUAUGAAAAAACGUGUGGCUUUGAGGACGAGAUACACCUGCGGUAUGGAUUCAAAAGUCGAUGAACUUACGAAAAAGUUUAAAGAGUUGAAAGAAUCUGCUAUUAACAAAGGCUGUAAAGAGGAAGAUGUUGUUCGCUUUCUUCUCAAAAAAGCUGGGAAGUUCGAAGAAAGCCAAAAGGCAUCAUCGAGCACACCAAAAAGUCGUUUUAAACUGAUCUUUUUUAUGCUACUUCUACCCACAUUCCUCGCUACAGUAAGCUAUUACCACCUAUCAGAUAGUUUCGAUAAAACGUCGCCAUGUACAAUUGAUAACAAUGUUUUUGUUAUGGAAGCUUCUCGCGCUAUUGUCGACUGCAAAGCGAUGUGUAAAGAUCUGACAGGAGUUCCAAAAGUUUCUGGACUCACAGCAAAUGAGUUUGUGGAGAGAUACGCGUAUAGUAGCAGACCUCUGGUAGUAACGGACGCUACAAAGUCAUGGAGUGCUGUCAAAACUUUCUCGUAUGAGUUCUUUCGACGUUUAUACACGAACUCUCCGAAUGCAUUGAAUACUACAGACGAAGAAUGCCAGUUUUUUCCCUAUAAAACUGAGUUUCAUUCGCUUCGUGAAGUUUUCAAGAUGUCGAAAGCAAGAUCUCAGUUCAAACCAAAGGCGAAACCGUGGUAUAUCGGCUGGAGUAAUUGUGACAGUGAAGUUCGAGCAGAACUCAGGAAACAUUACAGUAAGCCAUACUUCAUUCCAUUGGAUUCUGAACACAGUGAGACUGAUUGGAUUUUUAUGGGUGGCGUUGGUCCUGGGGCAAAUAUGCAUUUGGACAGUGUAGAGCGACCCUCGUGGCAGGCUCAGCUGUCCGGACGCAAGACAUGGACUCUAUUUCCACCACCAGAAUGUGAGAGUGUCUGUCCAUCCAUGUUGAAUGUAACCAUUGAAAAAGGAGAAAUUGUUGUAAUUGACACAAAUACUUGGUACCAUUCCACGACUGUUGAACCCGGAGACAUCAGCAUUACAAUUGGAUCAGAAUUUGACUGAACAAACAUGUAGAAUGGAGAAUACAGAAAAGGCGAAAGUCCUUUUUUAUAAAUGGAUUUGAGGUAGCAAACACUGUCCGUGACAGUAAUAGAAUGACAUGUGCAACUUUUGUGUUUUCUUAUUAGAAAAAUGUGUUGGCAGUAUUGUAGAUCGUAAGUACAUAUAUGUAGAUUGAUAUUUAUUUAAUGUAAAUGCAGAGUGAAGCUCGAUCACAUAAAAACAUGUGUUGCAAUAUUUCAGUGGGAUCUUUAAUUCCACAAACGAACAUCUACCUCUAAAUGUUACUUAUUAAUACAUGUCAGCCAUUACAAGUAUAUAUGGUUGUUCUAUGAUGAAA